AUGAGAGAUGGAGCAGUUGAAGGCUUAUUAUUCCAAGAUAAGGCAGAAAUAAGCAGAGCAAAUUGUACAGUGUGCUGCGAGGGAAAGCAAACCAAACUACCCUUCCCCAUUAGUUCAUCACGCAGUGAUAAUAUUCUGAAUAUAGUACAUGCUGACCUCUGCGGGCCUAUGGAGAACAAGUCGCUCGGACAGGCUAGAUAUUUUCUUCUAUUGGUCGAUGAUUACAGUCGAAUGGGAUUUGUGUAUUUUCUGAAAUCUAAAGAUGAGACUUUCUCUUAUUUCAAGCAAUUUAAGAACUUGGUGGAGAACCAGAAAUCUACUAAAAUAAAGAUUUUAAGAACAGACAAUGGUGGAGAAUUCUGUUCAGCACAAAUGGAAAAUUUCUUGAAGCAGACUGGAAUUAUACAUCAGAAGACCAACCCAUACACACCCCAACAGAAUGGGCUUUGUGAGAGGUAUAAUAGGUCAGUAGUUGAAAAAGCUAAGUGUCUCUUAUUUGAUGCCAAGUUUGAAAAAACAUUGUGGGCAGAGGCAGUUCAAACUGCAGUAUAUCUCAAGAAUAGAUCCCCAGCUGCGGGUCUUCAGCAUUGCACCCCAUUCGAACUGUGGACUGGUAAGAAACCAGACGUCAGCCUUGUACGUGUCUAUGGCAUCUUAGUCAUGACUCAUAUACCUAAAGAAAGGCGGCUGAAGUGGGAUAGAAAAGCGAAAAAACUAUUUUUGGUUGGAUACUCUGAGAAUGUUAAAGGGUAUAGACUGUAUGAUCCCGAAUCAAAAUCUGUUACAGUAGCAAGAGAUGUUGUGGUCAUGGAACCAGAGAAUGACAGUAUGACAACACAGAUAAUAUUGCAGGAGAACAGUGAAGAAAAGCAGGAUUCAGUGGGGGAUAAACAGUCAGACAAGUCAAGUUAUGAUACAGAAUAUGAGCAGACAAACAACCAUGAUGAGACUUAUAUGCCAGAAGAGUCCAGUUCAGAAUCGGAGGACAGCUUCCAGGAGUCAAAUUCAUUGAUGCCAGAAGAUACAGAGAUUGCUAAUUUUCCUUCUAGUGGUAUUGAGAAUGCAGAAAAGCGAGUAAGGAAAAAGCCUGAGUACUACGGUAUAGCUAAUCUGUGUAUUGAUGAUGAGGUAUCAUGUGAUGACAUUUCCUUGAGUGAUGCAAUCAAUGGUCCAGACAGUGUACACUGGCAGCAAGCAAUCAAAGAAGAGUUGCAAUCAUUUAGUGAUAGAGAAGCAUGGGAACUUGUAGAUAGGCCAGUGAACAAAACAAUAGUGAAGUGCAAGUGGGUAUUUAAAAUUAAAUAUAACAGUGAAAACAAAGUGAGAUAUAGAGCGAGACUUGUAGCAAAGGGUUUCACACAAAAGAAAGGUAUGGACUACAAAGAAACCUUCUCACCAGUGCUCAGUGGUACAGUAGUACCACCCGUGUCGUCACUACUGGCAGUGGAUCGCUGUCCAGAACAUCCCAACAGCGAGGUGCCACGAGCGGCGCCAAGGCAGUUGAGGAGCCGGGUGUCUAAGACCCGGAGGAGCGACGGACGGGAAGUGGCAAGCAGCAGCGGUGGAGGUUGCGGAGGGCUAGAGGGCGCCACAGCUGUGGUGCAAGCUGAGUCGAAAGACGGUACUUAUUUCCCAGUUAGGGUCUUAUUAGAUCAGGGGUCGCAAGGUUCUUUUAUUACCGAGGCUAUGGUGCAGCACUUAGGUUUAAAAAGGCUUGCGGUCAAAAAUACCGUAGUUGGUGUAGGUGGAGAUAAAAGUGUGACUUCCAAGUCCACAGUAAAAAUUAAUUUAAGGUCAAGAGUUGAUCCUAGGUUCCAAAUUAAGGUUAAUGCACAUGUCUUGAAGUCGGUUACGUCUCUUCUCCCAGUUGCGAAGACAACUAGGGUAGAAUGGGACAACCUGACUCUGGAUGAUCUGGCUGACCCUGAGUAUCAUACGCCUAACAAGAUUGAUCUCUUAUUAGGUGCGGAGAUAUACAGUCAAAUCAUUCAGGAAGGCAUUAAAAGAAACCUCAACGGAUCUCUAUUGGCGCAGGAUACUGCUUUCGGUUGGAUAAUAUCUGGUGUCUGUGAGGUAGAUAGCACGUCAAAUAUCCAUUCUCACACAAUUGUGAUGCAUUCUUAUCUGGAAGUGGACAAUAUGCUAAAGCGGUUUUGGGAACUCGAAGCUGAACCACCUGUAACAAAAAGAAUGCUCACAGAUGAUGAAAUUAAAUGUGAGAAAUUGUUUAAGGAGACUACGAAACGGGAUGGAGACGGUCGGUUCAUCGUAAGACUGCCGUUUCGUAUGGCCAACCCGGACUGCAUGCGUGGUGAGUUCAGGAAAAUAGCUGAAAAAAGAUUGAGAAAUUUAGAAUUUAAAUUGCAAAAGAACAAUAAAUUAAAAGAGGAUUACACACAAGUUAUAAGGGAGUAUUUAAACUUAAAUCAUAUGGUAAAAGUUACUGAUAAGGAUAAAUUUAAGAAAACAGCUAUUUACUUACCACACCACGCAGUAGUCCGGGAAGAUAAGGAUACUACUAAAGUCCGAGUAGUGUUUGAUGCCUCCUGUAAGGGAAGCAAUGGGAAGUCAUUAAAUGAUGAUUUAUUGAUUGGGCCGCCACUGCAAGCCGAACUACGUCAUACAAUUAUGCGCUGGAGACAAUAUAAAAUAUGUUUGGUGGCGGAUGUGGUGAAAAUGUACCGCCAAGUGCUGGUAAAUCGGGAAGAUACCCCAUUUCAGAGGAUUCUUUGGAGAGACAGUCCUGAAAAAAGGCUUCAAGAGUUUGAAUUACUUACCGUAACCUUUGGCACAGCAUGUGCUCCAUAUUUAGCUGUGCGGUCAAUGCAAGAAUUAGCCUAUAAGGAGUGUCAGAAUAAGCCUGUAAUUGCUAAAAUUAUUUUGAAUGAUUUUUACAUGGAUGAUGUGAUGACCGGGGCGGAUAACCUAGAAGAUGCUUAUAAAAUAUAUAAAGAGUUAACCGAAGUGUUAGCGAAAGGAGGGUUUCCGUUGCAAAAAUGGAAAAGCAAUUCUAAGGAAAUAUUAGCUAAAAUAUGGAAAGCAAAGGGUAAUACAGAUGAGGAAUUAAGGAUUAAGGUAGAUGAUACAACUAAGAUUUUAGGACUUACCUGGGAUCCGCGUGGUGACUUCUUCCGGUACUCUGUAGAUCUUGCACCGCAAGAAGAACCUGUAACAAAAAGGAGAAUUAUAUCUGAUAUAUCCCGAUUAUUUGACCCACUCGGAUGGUUAGCUCCUUGCAUUAUAGCAGCAAAAAUACUCAUACAAAAGCUUUGGUUAGCUGGUAUUGGGUGGGAUGAGCAAGUUCCUACUAAUUUAAUAAAUGAAUGGAUUACUUACCGUAAAAAUUUAACUGCCUUACAGAAUAUUAAAAUUCCACGCUGGAUACACACUAGUAAUAAAUAUCAGCGCGAGUUGUACGGAUUUUCCGACGCUUCGAAGGUGGCUUAUGCGGCUGUCGUGUAUCUACGAGUGGUAGAUGAUGUGGGAAAUGUCUACGUCUCAUUAGUUACAGCUAAAACAAAGGUAGCUCCCAUAAAGCAAGUAUCUAUCCCUAGACUGGAGCUUUGUGGGGCUGUACUUUUGGCGAAGUUGAUGGUUGAGGUAGCUGAAGUUAUGAAAGUUGAAAGGAGUCAGUUACAUGCAUUCACUGACAGUGAGGUGGUUUUAGCCUGGCUUAACAAUCACCCAAGCCGGUGGAAGACGUUCGUCGCUAACCGAGUUUCGGAAAUCCUACAGAUUUUGGAUACACAUCACUGGUCCCAUGUAGCCACUAAGAAGAAUCCGGCGGAUUUAGCAUCACGAGGUAUUUCUCCGGUGGAACUAUCAGAAAUGGUUAUAUGGUUUGAAGGGCCAGAGUUUCUAAAAAAUAAGGUAAUUAUUUGUACAAAACCAAAACACCUGGUUACAAGUCUUGAGCAGGUUAAAGUUCAUACAGCGGUCGUUAACACAGAAUUGUGGGAAAGGUUUUCUUCAUUUUCGAAGCUUGUUCGUGUGGUUGCUUAUUGUCGACGUUGGUUACGGAUAAAGAAAGGUUUAAGUAGUAGGCCAAGUUCAGAAGCAUUGGAGCGACAGGAAAUUGAGGAUUCGAUAACGGUGUGUAUUAAAAAAUGUCAAGAAGAAGGAUUCCGGGAAGAGUUGGAAGAAUUGCAAAAACACGGCAUAAUAGAUAAGAAAAAGAAAAAGUUAAGGACAUUAAAUAUAUUUUUAGAUUCGGAAGGUGUAAUUAGAGUAGGUGGUCGGCUGGAAAUGUCUUCGCUGUCAUUUAACGGGAAACAUCCGAUUCUCAUACCUAAAGAAUCUUUCUUAAGCGGACUCUUAAUUGCUGAUGCUCACCAAAAAACCCUGCACGGAGGUCCGCAACUCAUGAUUACCUAUUUGAGAUCGAAGUAUUGGAUUGUGGGUGCGAAGUCUCUUAUUAGGAAAUAUUAUCGUGGUUGUGUAAUAUGUACGCGUUACUCGAGCAGGUCUACAUCUCAACUCAUGGGGCAGUUACCUUCCGCGCGUGUGACACCGAAUAAGCCCUUUCUUGUCAGCGGAGUCGAUUACGCAGGACCUAUUAAUAUAAGAAUUUCAAAAGGUAGGGGUAACAAGUCUUACAAGGGAUAUAUUGGUCUGUUCAUUUGCAUGUCGACCAGAGCUGUACAUCUUGAAGUUGUGAGCGAGCUUUCUACCCUAGGAUUUAUAGCCGCUUUUAAAAGGUUCGUCGCAAGACGAGGUAGGUGUGCUGAAUUAUACAGCGACAACGGUUCCAAUUUUGUGGGCGCUGCUCGAGAGUUACUGUGUCUGUUCAGCGAAGAAAAAACAAAAUUUAAACCUGAACUGGCACAGUAUCUCGCGACCAAUGGAACACAGUGGAAUUUUAUUCCUCCUCGCGCUCCGAAUUUCGGUGGACUAUGGGAGGCAGGAAUAAAGUCCACCAAGUUCCACCUCAAACGAGUGGUUGGAAACUCUACGUUGACGUAUGAGGAGAUGGCUACCGUAUUAGCACAAAUAGAGGCAUGUCUUAAUUCGAGGCCAUUGUCUCGUGUAGAGGAUCCAACCGAGGCCGUCGUUUUGACUCCUGGUCAUUUCUUGGUGGGGGAACCACUCGUAGUAGUUCCGGAAGUAAAUUAUGAGUCGGCAAAUAUGUUUACCUUGCGAAGAUGGCAACUCCACCAACGAAUGAUGCAGGAUUUUUGGCGUCGAUGGUCCCAGGAUUACCUUCAUCAGUUCCUUCAAAGGCAUAAAUGGGAAUAUCAGAACCCAGAACCAUCAGUGGGGGAUGUAGUUUUAGUCAAGGAGGACGAUCUGCCCCCGGCGCGAUGGUUGCUAGGCAAGGUCGAACAAAAACAUCCGGGACCCGAUAAAAUCACGCGAGUCGUCACCAUACGUACCAAAAGUUCUUUAAUUAAAAGACCUACUUCUAAGAUAGCAAUUUUACCUGUAACUAAGUAA